GUUACGGCGCGAAUCCGAUUGGGCGUCGUGGCCACGAAGGCCACAUCCGGCAGCGACACCCGCAGUAUUGGUCGAUCGCGCGACGGCAGCAGCGAAGUUGGUCGAAUUUCCUAUAUACAUUAUUGAUAAAUAGCUCGCGUCGUUGCCCGUGUGACUUUCCGACGCGGCGAGAACAGCCGACGGAUCGUGCGUGAUCGACGGCGGCUCGCGCGAGGCCCAUUUUUCGAGUGGAACCGAGUGUGCUCUUGUCGAAGAAAGAAGCGUGGUGGCCGCCGUGAACGACCGACUGCGCGUACGACGUACCGUGACGACAGUUACGUGAGAAGAGAGAGAGAUAGAGAGAGGGAGAGAGAACGCGCGCGCGUCGCCUGGCGAGCGGAGAUCGGCGACGGACGAGAGCAGCCGAGUGCGGACGACGAGAUUAUCGUACGUUGGGUGUGACGGUCGCGCUCCGUGUAUCGGAGGACCGGCGAAUCGUUGCUCGAGAUCCAAGCCAGCGUUCCUCGCGAGAGCCCGCGGCGCUAUCCCACGAGAGCAUGCCGAGCCCGGCCACGAAGAGGACGCAAAAAGAAACGCAGAACGCAUUGCUACCGAUAACUCCGAUCUCGGAAAUAUUUUAAUACAGCGGCGAAAAAUUAUUGCGAGCGCAAAGUCCAGGAAAUAGUCACCGGUGAUAAAAGCAUCGUUGGAUCGGUGAGAUUGGAUCUUCUCGUAACGAGGGCAUACUUUGGAAUACGUUUAAUGAGACGUCAAAUAUGCUACGAUUUCUGAAAAUCAAGAAACAUAGUGUCUAGAAGAAAUGGACAAAUCAAUGAUGAGCAAGACGGAAGAGAGCGUCGGGACGACGUAAUUACGCGCGUAAAGGAUGAUGAUAAAUGAUACAUUAUAUAGUAAAACGUAAAGAGCAGAAUCCUGUAAGAAGGGGUGACAAAGUGGAGAGAGAGAGAACAGCGCCGGACAGAUUAGCGUAGUAAUGGAUGAAUGGGAGUGAGCGCGACGCAGAGGGAGCGCAGGAGCGGACGGGAGCCUCUGGAUGUCGAGGCCGCGGCACUGGCAGCGUCAGUGGCAGUGAUGGCCCCUGCUCUGACGGAAGGCGGUCCUCAAAAGCCUGAAAACUUGCUCCCUUCCCUCCCAGCCGGCGGUUUUCUCUCCGCAGAGCAAGCCACGCAGGUGUGCCAGAAUCGCGAGAUCCUGACCAAGUUUGUCGUCCCGGCGAAUGUGCAGCCGUCGAAGAUUGACGACCAAUGUCUGCGCGGUGUCUCGAAAGAUCUGAUACGCGAUGUCAUUAACUCGAAAUACGCCAGCAAUCUCGACAGUCUGUCCGCGUUCGCGAGCGCGUCCGACUUGAUCGCAAAGGACUUGACGGAGCAGGACUUUGAGCGGCCGGUCACUCCGGACGAACCGCAGGUGAUUGACUUUAUAAUGAACGUCCCAUCUAUGGGUGAUCAAACGAACAACAUGGGCUUCUUGAAAUCGAGCGCGGACUUGCCUCUGGUGGCUUCUGAGACUGCGGGCGACAAUAAGAAUUUGGACGUCGAUCAGAUAAUGGCCUUCGGCUCCGACGAGCAGUGCAACAUCGGGAAUGUCGCCGAUAUCGGGCACAACGUCGACGAGAUCCUGCAGGUGAUCAAGUCGAUCGAGGGUGCGGACAGUGCCGAGAACAUUUCGGCGGGCGGCAGCGAGCCCGUGCAGAGCGCCGUCGAGAUGUUUGCCGAGGAGGGUUUCGCCUCCUUCGAGCGAGAUUUACUUAAUGACGUGGACGUGAUGAGUCUUUGCAACGAUAACAUGAAUAUCUCCGACACGGUGGACCAACAGAAGUCUAACAACUUGAGACUGCAGCACAUUGUGGCGCAGAAGCAAUUCGAAAACGAGAGGAGGAGCGCCUUUCUAUUGAGAAGACUGAGGAAACUUCAGGCGAGGACGGUGGGCAGGCACGUCGCGGAGGAAACUACCGGCGUUCUCGAAUUGGCCCAUCAUGGAGUAAAGAAAUAUUUGUUUCAAGAAUUAGUCAAUAUCAGUUCGAAAUCUAAUGUCAGAAACUUUCCUGAGAUUAGCAGCAGUUUGCAUUCGUUUCUACAGAAAAUUGAGAAAAUGUGUGUCGCCCAGAGUAACAGUGCGAAUCGUCAGAGGGUGUGUUGUCGAUACUUUGGUGGAGGCUCGCGCGACAAUUUGGCCGGCGCGUCUGGCAGUAACGGCAGCAAUCGUCAGCCAGUGUUUGGUACUCACCAAGUUAAAUUGAACGGUGAAGAAGUGGAAAGUGUGGCCGGACCUUUAUCCACGCAGCUGCACGUUGUGGAAUCUAACUUGGAUUCAGAUUGCACAGCAUCCAGCAGCGGUGGGGAAAGUUGCGACGAAAUGCAGACUUUUAACAAUCCGCACCAACAGCAUCUGCCCAUAUCCAAAAGAGCGGCAUGGAGAUAUGCACAGGAUCGUGCAGGUGUAGCAUCACGGUGGACCUGGCUGCAGGCACAAAUAUCAGAUUUAGAGUACAGAAUUAGACAGCAUAACGAUCUGCAGCGGAAUAUUAGGGCCACGAAGGGCUUGGUUAUUCUUGAUAAUGCGGAAACCGUUAACGGAUACAGUGGCGCUCUACCCGGUUCUACUGGACGAUACAAUUCGUCUGAAAGUGAAUUACCAGCUAGUAGAACGCGUCCAUUUGUAUGGAGUUUUUUUAGAAAGAGAAAGCUUUUGCAAGUGGACAAGCUACACGAAGUUUCAAAGCGUGCAGCUAAAGCGUCAACAGUGAGAUGCAACUGUGAUCAUGUGUUGCCUGCGUGUGCUUUAUGUACAGGAAGGCUUGAUCCAAUGCAGCCGCAAGAACCAAUUGAACAACUUUCUAUACAGGAACGUGUAGCACUUGUUGAUCCUAGUUUUCAUCCGGUCUUGUCGUUCCCAGACGAAAUUGUACACGGCACUCAUUUAGACACCAUCAUGAAGUCGACGGAGUGGCAACAAAAGACUUCGAGAGCAAACUUGCGAGUUACCCGAGUGAAAGAUAAAGACGGCAAUGAAAGAAGGAGUAAGAAACUUCCUGGUCACAGGACGAAAUAUACCGCGCGACUGAAGAAAUCGUCCUCUACUAUUCUUACAGCAAGGAUCAAGAGAAAAGUGUUGAAAAAUGGCAAAAGAAAUAGAAUCGGUCACGAGAGAAGCGUGCACGGAUUAAAUAAGAAACGAAUAUCAAAGUUGCCGACCGAGGAUGACGACGAUAUUAGCGCGCUUUCAAGUUCCAGCAAACACUCGUCUCCAGUGCCUUCUCCAUUGCAACACGUUACUGCCUCAUUGGAGAAAAAUGCUGUUAAAGAGAAAAGUUCCAAUUCGCACGGGCGUUUGCGACAAAACUCGUACGACAUUGACAAUAUAGUCAUCCCCUACAGUGUCGCUGCUUCAACUAGGCUCGAGAAAUUGCAAUACAAGGAGAUUUUAACACCAAAAUGGAGAUUGUGCGAGGAGCCGACGAAAAUGGACGUGAAAAAUGGUGUGAUGCAUAUGCCUUGCCAAGAAGACAGUGAUUUUGAAGAUAUAUCGGAUGAAACGAUCGCCCUGAGGCACGAACGUAGCGAGCGGGAGGAAAACAAACGUUUCAUGACGUACAUCAAUAUGCCUCAUCAGACGCGUAUCCGUCACAACCAGCGACGUGUUGACAGCAGGGCGGAUAGCGGUGCGAAUACGCCAGAUCCCAUGUCGCCGCACGCUAGCGACCUAAGCGGCGACGUGAUAUCGCCGAUCACGUCACCGCCCGCUACCCCGUCGCAACAGGACACGGAGCAUCCGUCGAGUUUGGAUUCGCACCGGCCGACCGCUUUACAAAACGCUCUCCGACGUCGCGCCAUGCCCGCGUCAACGUUGAGACUGGGAAGGGACGACGUCGCAUUUACCGAAGACGAAAACGAGGUCCCGUCGUACGAGCCCAGAAUAUUCCCACUGUCCGAAGAAGAUUACAGCGAGAUGCUGAAGGCGAUGCCGGAUGGACAUUGGCAAGCCUCAUCGACAUCUCUAUGUUCCCGCGACGGAAACAAGGCCGAUGAUGACGUGGAAAUGGAUUCUCCCGAAUCAGAUUCGACCGAAUCGGCUUGUUGCGAUAUAGACGGUGAGGAUCCGAAUGAUCCCGAAUGGACAGUAGCCGACGAUAGGGACACUGAAAAGGAAAGAAUACGUCCGACGGCUAAGAGAUAGGAUAAAACUCUUGAUAAAUACAUUGUGUCUACGUCGUCGUUACUAUAUGCAGAAAAGCUACCUGUCAAUUGUUAUAUAUACCUGUCGGUCAUGUAACAUGCACCUUAAGUUAAUGGUAUUACGAAUCUGUAAAGUGUAUUAUAAAUAUAAAUUUUAUAACUUCA